AUGCAGGCCAAGAUCACUGCGGCCAGGCGCGAAGCUGAGGGUUUGAAGGAUAGGAUCAGACGCCGGAAGGAUGAGCUGGCCGAUACCUCUCUUCGUCAGGUUGCGCAGGGCCAGACCGAUACCCUUCCUCGAAUUGGGAUGAAACCUCGUCGGACACUGAAGGGCCAUCUCGCCAAAAUCUACGCCAUGCACUGGUCGACCGACCGCCGUCAUCUCGUCUCGGCCUCACAAGACGGCAAGCUGAUCAUCUGGGACGCCUACACUACGAACAAGGUCCACGCCAUCCCGUUGCGCUCCUCGUGGGUCAUGACGUGCGCCUACGCGCCCAGUGGAAACUACGUGGCUUGCGGUGGUCUUGACAACAUCUGUUCCAUUUACAACCUGUCCUCGCGCGAAGGUCCCACUCGCGUUGCUCGGGAGUUGUCUGGUCACUCUGGUUACUUGUCCUGCUGCCGCUUCAUCAAUGAUCGCCGCAUCAUCACUUCCUCUGGAGACAUGACCUGUAUGCUGUGGGAUAUUGAGUCCGGCACCAAGGUCACGGAAUUUGCGGAUCACCUCGGCGACGUGAUGUCGAUCAGCAUCAACCCGACCAACCAGAACAUCUUCGUCUCCGGUGCUUGUGAUGCUUUUGCCAAGCUUUGGGACAUUCGAACGGGCAAGGCUGUUCAAACCUUUGCCGGCCAUGAGUCCGACAUCAAUGCAAUCCAGUUCUUCCCCGACGGUAAUGCCUUUGGUACCGGCUCUGAUGACACUACAUGCCGUCUCUUCGACAUUCGGGCCGAUCGGGAGCUAAAUAGCUACCAUGACCAAGUUCUUUGUGGCAUCACCUCGGUCGCAUUCUCCGUGUCUGGUCGACUGCUGUUUGCUGGUUACGAUGAUUUCGAAUGCAAGGUAUGGGACGUCUUGCGGGGCGACAAGGUCGGCUCGCUGAGCGGACACGAGAAUCGGGUGAGCUGCCUGGGUGUCAGCAAUGACGGCAUCAGUCUAUGCACCGGAUCCUGGGACUCUCUGUGGAGGGACCUCGGGAUCCUCGACGAAAGCGACGACAGCGAUGUUUCACCACGACGAGAGCUCUGCCGCUUGAACGACCAUGAUCGGAGGUUCGACGAUUCCAUUUGUGUGGCGGUGGCACCUCCCAGAGUGCCGGCUGCGGUCACGAUUCCGCCCACUUCAGAUUCCAUGGCCUCACCGGUCCCUUGA